UACCACCACCAAUUCUUAUUUAUUUAUUUAUUUUUUAAAUUUUGCCCAUUCUUCUUAUUAUUCAUCUUCUUCUUGCAAAGACAAUUGGUGAAGGCCGAUGAGGCUAACUCGAGCUAGCAAGGUCAAAUUUGCAUUUUCAUAACAUUUACAUUACAGUCAAAAUCAAUUUCUUAAUUUGAACAAAACCCACUCAAGCAGAGGUGGAGGCCGAGCCUGGACGAUCGAUCUCAUCGUUUAUGAACGGUCCACUCCAGCCUCACCUCCAUCUGCUUCAGCUUCAGCAAUCAGCAAUCACCCACACCCAGAAAGGAAGGAACCGAAGCAGAGGACAAUGCUUCGCCUUCCACUCCUCCCCAUCUCGCUCCCUCUUCAAGCUCCCAAGCCUCGCGCUCCCAGUUGCAGAGCCACUCUCAACCUCAUCACCGACUCCAAUUCCUUCCAGGUCGGACGCCUGCUGGGCAGCUAUGGCUUCAUCAACGUCACCAGCUAUUCGGGCCUCCAAUCGAGUUCGAAUUCUGGGCAGUUCAAGACCCAGGACGUCGGUGAAGGCAGCGUCAAAAUCAGGCUUUACGAAGGCAGAGUCGUCCAGGGUCCCCUCUCUGGCUCUUCCGUCAUCUUUAAGGUGUAUCCUGGACAACGAGCUGGUGGUGCUGAGGCCGAUAUGAUGGCUGCCAACGAGCUCAAUUGUCAUGCCUUCCUUCAGAGCAGUCCAAAAGGCAUCUCUCAGAAUCUUUUGAUCCUGAUAGGUGGCUUUGAGACAACAACUGGGGAACAGUGGCUUGCUUUCCGGAAUGAUGGCAUAUAUAGUGCUGCAGACUAUGCAAAAGUCUCCAGUGAAAAAUUAUCAAAGAGCCAAUCUCUGGGAGGGGGCAUGUCAUGGAACUACUUUGAACAAGAAGAGAUGGUCAGACGCAAAAGAUUCUUCGUCAUUAAGCUUCUGCAAGGUGCUAUGCUCGGUCUUGCUUUCAUGCAUGAGCAUGAAAGGUUACAUCAGAGUCUUGGUCCUUCUUCUGUUGUUCUCAAUACCAUAAGGGAGAGGGAUGCUGCUUACCUGGUUCCACGCCUUAGAGACCUAGCAUUUUCUGUCGAUAUCAGGUACUCAUACCUAGAAGAGGGUCGUGGAAUGCUUUCUCAACAACUUUGGAGACGUGCAGCUGCUGGUGGUGCCUUUACACCAUUUGAGAAAAGAGCCUUUGCAAUAGCAGAUGACAUAUAUGAAGCGGGUCUUCUUUUGGCUUACCUGGCCUUUGUUCCAUUUUGUGAAUCUGGCAUAAUUGAUAGUCUCUCUUUGCAGAGGCUACUGGAGAACACUUUCCAACUAGAUAUUGAAGCCACAAGAGAGUAUUGUUUGGCAGAUGACCGCUUAUUAGAAGCCGUGAAGUUUCUUGAUCUAGGUGAUGGAGCUGGUUGGGAGUUGCUUCAGGCUAUGCUCAAUCCUGACUAUCGAAAACGGCCAAUAGCAGAAGCUGUAGCGAAGCACCGAUUCUUGACUGGUGCUGUUCUCUGAAUGUGGAAUCAGCGAUCCGUGACUGGUGCCGCUCUGCAAUUACAUGCAAGUUGAGGAACUCUAUGCUAUUAUAAACUAUUCCGCCUAAGUGCUCUGGCCCGGGGUAUUGGAGCUGUAGUCUCAAUUGCAAAGCCUGUGUGCCGACCAAUGUUGCGAAGAAAAGAAAGAGGCUGAACUAGAAGGAAAGUCGAAGUAUGAGAUCCCUGAAGUCCGAUGAGGUGGACUUGUCUGACGAGGAUAUGGAACACUUUAGGAUUAUUUUUGCAAAAGAUAAGGAAAGAAAUGGGGGCAGUAUGAAGAGAGACGGCAAUCGCCCAUCGUUGGUGAUUGAGGAUACAGGUGGAGAAGUUGAAUAUGAAGCUUCGACAGAUUAGAUUUCUCCCAGUGUCUCCUCCUCUAUGUAAUGUGCAACUCUCUUGUUUUCAUCCGCCGAGUCAGCUCGGUGAAUAUCGUUUUAUCCUCUAUGAAGCAUGCUCUCUCAAAUGCUUCUACCUUUUCUCAAUAAGCUCGUGGAUUGAGGAAAGAAUGUAAAGUUUGCGCAUGAAGGAAGACCCGGUCUGACCGUCAUCGCUCGUGAUGAUGAUGAGAGAUUCUCAUCUAAUACGUAGACAAAGGUUCAUGUUAUCUUAAGAGAAAUUUACCUUUGCAUUCGA